AUGGGGUAUCGCCUCCAGUCAAGCCUGACUUGGGGCUCAGCUUGGUUGCAGUCUUGGGUGCUGGGCUUCCAAGUUGUCGGCAGAUCGUAUUCUCUGCUCGCCUCGGACGCCACUCUCGCUGCUGUAUUGGUCGUCAGACGGAGAGGACUACUUCGAUCUUCCACCGCGACAGCUAUGUUGAGCGCGCUCCUAUUCAUCCAUGCGCGGACCUCCGUUGGGUGGUUUGAUCCGUGGUGCCAUUGUGCUCUUAUCUGUCUGAUACGGACACAUAUAACAACCUCUUCGACUCCGUUACCGAAGACUGUACUCAGGCUCGCCUGCAAGAUAGUCGAAGACGGCACUUUCGUGGUCGUUUCCAUUUCAUUCGACAACCGGAUCGCUACAUUACCGAAGGAGUUCCCUCCACAAGGCUAUCUCGCGAACAUGCAAGGCAAUCUGCCAGUUGCACUCACCAGACAACCGGUUCUUGCCAUGCUGUACCUCAGUACGCAGCUGAACCGAAGCGGCUCUUUCGUAGUCGUUUCCAUUUCGUUCGACAACCGGGGAGCUCCUUCGUCCAGGGCUAUCUCGCGAACAUGCAAGGCAAUGUGCCAGUUGAAGUCAUUGGACAACCAUUGCCGGCGAUCAUGUACCCUCAAUACCCAGCUGGUCCUGCUACCUUUCCCGUCCCUCGUCUCGGCGACUGCAGUCACUAGGAUGAGCGGCUUUCGAAAGAUAGAAGGGAGUUGGCUCUCCCUCCCUAACACCAGCCCGGCGCUUGACUCAACGCCUACGGCCGGCCUCCAGAUGCGUGUUCCCAGAUAG